CUACUUCCGGGGGAUGGCGGCGGAGGGGAGGGCGGCGGGACCGAGCGCCCCUCAGUGAGAAGCGGCGGGGAGCGGUGGGGGAAGAUGAGCCCGGGCCGCGGCUGUGGGAGCCCCAACACCCAGCGCUGAGCCCGCCCCGGCCGCCGCCAGAGCCAGAACCGGAGAUGGCAGCGGAGUCGACGAUCCCCAUCUGGCAGAACAAACCCCACGGCUCAGCGCGCAGCGUUGUCAGGAGGAUCGGCUCAAACCUCCCCUUAAAACCCUGCCCCAGAGCAACCUUUGAGGUCCUACCAAAUGUUUCGGAGCUGUAUUUAAAUGACGUCCCUCCAGUGCCCACCCUGGCAGACAUCGUGUGGAUAGCAGCAGAUGAUGAAGAAACAUAUGCCAGAGUCAGAAGUGACACUCGCCCGCUGAAGCACAAGUGGAAGCCGAGUCCCUUCACUGUCAUACAGCGAAACGCUUCGGUGCCCAACCUGAGGAAGCAGGAGGAGAAGCUGCUGGCCUUGAAGAAACCUGGUUUACCAGCCCUGAGCCGAACAACGGAGCUGCAGGACGAGCUGAGUCACCUCCGGAGUCAGAUCGCGAAAAUAGUGGCUGCAGAGUCAGCUUCUGCUUCGUUAACACCAGAUCUAUUAUCUCCAGGAAGUUCAAAUGCAUCUUCUCCUUUACCUUGUUUCGGACCCUCUUUCCAAUCUACAACUUCCUUUGUCAUCAGCGAUAUCACGGAGGAGGAGGCAGAACUGGAAAGCCCCGACCUGCCCUCGGUCUCCCUGCUCUGUUCUGCCGCCUCCGAGUGCUGCAAACCAGAACCAAAGGAUCCUGAGGAGGAAGACUCCGUGUCCCUCUCGAAGGCCAGCAGUUUUGCCGACAUGAUGGGCAUUCUCAAAGACAUUCAUAGGAUGAAGCAGAGCAAAGACUUAAACCGAACUUCGAUGAAGGAGGAGGACCCGGCCGUCCUUAUAGCAGAAGUUCUGAGAAGAAAGUUUGCCCUCAAGGAUGAGGAUCUGGCCAUGAAGGAGAAAUGAUGUUACUGUCAUUAAACUCUGUAAGCAAAAGUGUUACGCACCCAAAAUUUCCUCCACAGUAGCUGCCUUCCUAAGGAUUGAGCCUUUUGCCUCUUUUAAUUAGAAAUGGUUUCUGCACUGGACACUUCCUUAGCAAAGACCCUACGGAUUUGAUGUGUUUUCCAUGUAUUGUUAUAUUUAAAAGAGGAAAAAAAAAAAAAAAACUUUUUAAGAAGAUGGAAAUUGUUUUCCACCUGUAUUUUGAUGUUGAUUAUUGAUAAGGAUCUUCUGACGAGUGCAAUGAGUGUUGCUGGAGGACGUUCUUUCUACCUACGAUUUUCCUUAAGUUCAAAUUAAGCAUUAACUUCUAACGGCCUCGUUAGGAUAUAACCAGUUACCACUUCCAGUAUCGAGGGAUGUCGAACAUCCGCUUCUCUGUUCUGAGCACGGUACAGAGCUACUGAGAAUAAGCUAAUUAAUUAACGCUUCCUCAUCUGCAGUGGUUGGGAGGUUGUUGGAUCACGGUGGUAAAAGGCGUCUUCCCCCCUGACUCCCUCAGACCCGACGUGGUCGAUGAUCAAAUCUGGAGGAUUCUGGCUGCUUUUAGCGCGUCCCGGGUACUUCUUCACUCACAAAUGAUCCCCACAGUUGCAUGACAGAAUGGCCCCGAUUUCUUGCCAGUAAUUUAAUGUUUCAUUAAUAGUCCUCGUAUUCAGAUAAUGUAUUUUAUUUAGCCUUCAAAAGGUCUAUUUAUUGAACCACCCAUGCUAGGAACCCAGCACCCACCCCAGCGAAGGGAAGAAGGACCUUGGCACCGGCCGCAGUUCUCACUGACUGAAGAGGUUUCCUUCAGCUACACGUCCUCUGCAAUGUUCCUCAUGGCUGUAUUUAAAGUAUGUUUGGUUUUUUUUUUUUCCUUUAUAUAAAAUGGAGCCUUAAUAAGA